UACAUCUCUUUCGUCAUUUGUGGGAUCUCAUCAGUGAAGCUGUGGUAUGCGAGAGAGGAAGUGUGUGUGUACUGCCUCUGGCGAAACGGUGAAAGCUGCUAGGCUGAUAGGUAAAUUGUUUUAAUGUUCACUUGACAUCGGCAACGCUCAUGCGAAAUUCCAUGCUGCCUCAAUUUGUUCUCAGAAGUCGGUGACGGCUGUUUUCUCCGUCCUACGUCUAUAAUCGUCCACAGUGCCAGCGGCGCACCGGCGACCGCGUCAGCGGCCUCGCCAGUGGCGGCCUGUGCUCCAGUAACCAGCACCAGCAGCAGCACCAGCAGCAGCAGCAGCAGCAGCGCGUCUGAGCGGGCCCGGAGAGGCGGCGCGCGGACCCUCAGAGAGAGAGGCCACCGGCCGGCGCGAGCCACAGCCAUGGACCAGGAGCAGAACCAGAUGCACUCGGCACCGCAGCUGUGCGGCAACGGCUGCGGCUUCUACGGCAGCCCGUCCUUCGACGGACUCUGCUCCAAGUGCCACAAGGACAUCGCCAAGAACCAGGCGGAUAAGGCGCAGCAGGGCCAGUCGUCCGGCUCGGGCGCGCCGCUGAGCCAGGUACUGCAGGAGACCAGCGCGCUGCUGGCGGCCAGCAGUAGCACCAGCACGGCGCAGCCCACGGUGGCCGUGCUGCCGGCCGUGGCCAGCACCGCCGCCAGCGCCUCGCCCCAGCCAGAUGCACAGGUCCCUACACAGGCAGAGUCGGGCCUCGAUUCUGCGGCCGCCUCGCCCGCUGACCCGGCUGCCAAGAAGAAGAAGAGCCGCUGCGACGUCUGCAGGAAGAAGGUCGGCCUCACCGGAUUCACGUGCCGCUGUGACGGCCUGUUCUGUUCGCUGCACCGCUACAGCGACAAACACGACUGCUCGUUCGACUACCGCGUGCACGGCCAACACGAGAUCCGCAAAAACAACCCCGUCAUCGUUGGCGAAAAGGUCAACAAGAUUUGAGGAGCCGCGGCUGGAGGACCGGGUCACAGCCAGCGCUGCCACCGCGAGACCGGUGAUGUAGAUACAUACAAGAACGCUGCACCGCAUACCCACACCCCGGAGGAGACAGAGAGAGAUAAACGGACGGACACACGCAUAUACGCAUAGCCACGUGCAAAUCCCCAGUGCUACUAACGCGAUUGUGUCGCUGAUAUAGGCUUAGCGGCGCGGUGCUUGCUUCUGCGCGGACGUGGGCGAGCCUUUCGACUCGCGCACAUGCUAUAUCAUAGGUGUGGCUCAAGAUGCGCGCGGCCGCGGCGGGCGGGCCGCGCGGCGCGGGCCUCUCAUCAGAAGCGUGCUGGCGUGCGCGCUCUCGCGCGGUCCUGUUUGGGGUGUGUGAAAUCGGACCUGGCCGACGGGAAGUGAUGAUUUACGCUGCCAGAGGCGGUUCUUAGUUCUGUUGAUAAAUCGCGUGCAUAAUUAGCGAUAUUGUGAGCACCCGUGUGGCGGAGGGAUCCAUAUUAUACAUGUGCGCGCGGGCGCCACGCGCGCCGACCGGAUGUAGAUGUGCAAUGGCAGACGCUGGCAGGUGCGGCGCCGUCCUACCGACUGCGGCGGCACGCGCGCGGCGACUGAGAGGUCGAGGGUUCGCGUCCCGCCGGCGCCCGAACUUUGUCCGGCGGCACGCGCCGGGUCAGCGCAGCGGGCGGCCGACGCGCGCCGUAUGAGGCGUCAAUAAAGUAACGUGUUGAUA